AAAAAGCUCAGGUUCAGGCUUCAGUCACAUGUUACCUUGGACUGAGCACCCGUCUGUGUCAGGCUCCUCUCUGAGACAGAUUUUCCUACAGGGAUGAUGGCUUGUGCAUUGACUGCUGGUCCUUGGUUGAAGAGAUAUGCCAACAAACUAGGUGACAAUGCUGAGGCACAAAAGACAGAUGUGAACUAAACUUAUUGCUGGUUGAGGAAGUCAAGAAAGAACAAGGCAAUGAGGUCACACUUGCCUUUUCCCUGCACAUCUGCAAUAUGCCUGUAUGACCUAUAAUGGAACUCAGACAAGUUCAAUUUGAGAACAGGAACUCGAAGAGUCUUAACGUGAAAGGAUUUAGAAGCGCAGUUAAGGUAUCAGAAUGAUAAUGAAUUUCAGGAGGGUCAAAAAAUAUCAGUUCCCAAAGCUAAUUUUCAUGUGCUGUGUCCUCUCGACACUCAUGCUGUACUGGGAGCAGGUGGACCAUCACGUUGUGAGCCAUAUGAAGUCCUUCUCCUACCGCUACCUGAUCAACAGCUACAACUUCAUCAACAAGUCCUUGAGCGUGAGCCGUGAAGAGGCUUCCAGCUUCAAUAGCUUUCCAUACCUCAUAGACCACAAGAACACGUGCAUAGAGAAGGAUGUGCUGCUUCUUCUCUUCGUUAAAACCUCCCCGGAGCACUUUUUGAGAAGGCAAGCGAUUCGCUCUACAUGGGGGAACCAGACUUACAUCAAGAGGGAGCUGGGUGUCAAUGUGAAGGUGGUGUUUGUUAUGGGUGUCCACCCAGAUGGACACAAACAUGAUGCAAUUCAGAAACAGCUCCAGGCUGAGGACCAGAUCUACAAAGACUUGGUCCAGCAGGCUUUUCUGGACACUUUCCACAACCUGACUGUGAAACUCCUGCUGCAAUUCCACUGGGCGCAUGCCAACUGUGCCCACGCUCGCUUUUUAAUGUCUGCCGAUGAUGACAUCUUUGUCCACAUACCAAACCUGGUCCGUUCUCUCCAGGAGCUCAGCGCUCAGGGUGUUGUGGAUCUCUGGGUGGGACACGUUCACCGUGGUUCGCCUCCUAUUCGACGCAAGAACAGCAAAUACUACGUGCCCGUCCAGAUGUACCCAUGGUCCACCUACCCAGACUACACUGCAGGAGCGGGCUAUGUAGUGUCCAGGGACGUAGCUGACAAAAUUUACCAGGCUACUUUGUCCCUUAACGCCUCUCUCCACAUCGAUGAUGUUUUUAUGGGCAUCUGCGCAAUCACCGUUGGGGUAUCACCCCAGGAACAUGUUUACUUCUCAGGUGAGGGGAAAGCCCCCUAUCACCCAUGCAUUUAUGAGAAGAUGAUCACCUCUCAUGGACACGCAGAUGAUGUUAGCUAUCUUUGGAAGGUUGCGACUUCCCCAAAGGUAAAUGGCAUCUCUUCAGGUUUCUUUGGGAAACUAUACUGCACAGCUGUGAAAAUCAGGCUGCUCUGUUGGCCUUCCUUUACAAACACAUAUUCCUGCAAAGCAGCCUUUUUAUGAAGGACUAUGAGAUCUUCUCUGUGCAUCAGUAUUUCAUAUUAUGUAUAUCUUAAUGUUAGUUGUUUUCCAUGUAAUAAUGAAAAUACCAAAGCCAUUUAUUUAAGUGUUUGUUUACCUAUUUUUUUGGGACUUGGGAACAUGUUUAGCAUUUUGGGAACAUUUGAAAGAGCUGUUUAACUAAUUGAGGAGCUGUGUGCUUGUUUUUAUUUGGACAAGGAUUGCUUUUUUAAAUUAAACAGACUAAUCACACACA